UUUUAAUAUAAUUAAUCUGCAUUUUUAAUAAGAACAUUUUUUUCUAAUUAUAUUAUAUAAAAAUAGUAUGAUGUUGAAUUAUGUACGAAUUAAUUGGGAAUGAAUUUUCUAAUGCAAAACACUUAGAAACUGACAUCGCAUUUGUUGAUCAAUGUCAAAAUUUGGUACUACGAUCGAACCUAACCUAAUUUCAUGAUACAUGAAAGGUGUUCAAAAGGUGCUGGCUAAAUUAAAUAAUAAAAGAAGAAUAAAUACAAAUCAUAUGACGAAUGAUAAAAAUAUAGUAUAACUUAUUACGUAUGAAAUAGUAAUUGAAUAUACAUCAAAAUGAGUGUGGUAACAGCUUUAAAGUUUUAUAUUACAAAAAUGACAGAUGAAACUGGACCGAGUAUGAAGGUUCUUCUAAUGGAUAAGCAAACGACAAGUAUAGUUAGUUUAUUAUAUAGCCAAUCGGAGAUGUUAAUGAAAGAAGUUUAUCUAUUUGAAAGAAUAGAUUCCGGUUUACAUACUGAUAGUUUAAAGCAUUUAAAGUGUAUUGUUUUCAUAAGACCAACUAAGGAAAAUGUUCAUUUACUUUGUAACGAACUAAAGUGCCCUAAAUACGGUGUUUAUUAUAUUUAUUUUAGCAACAUUAUCGCAAAGGCUGAUAUUAAACUUCUGGCUGAGAGUGAUGAACAUGAAGUUGUCAGAGAAGUUCACGAAUAUUAUGCUGAUUAUUUAGCGAUUAGCCCACAUUUAUUUUCCCUUGGGAUUCCUGCAUGUUCUGAAGGUUUAGCAUGGAAUCUGGAACAUUUGCAAAGAACUGUGCAAGGCAUAACAUCAGUUUUAUUGUCCCUUAAGAAAUGCCCAUUUAUACGUUACCAAAAUAGUUCAGAAAUGGCUAAAAAGUUAGCCGAGAAAAUUCGUGAGGUAUUAAGUAAGGAAUCAAGUUCUUUUGAAUUCAGACAGGAAUCUAAUCCUGUGUUACUCAUUGUCGAUAGAAGAGAUGAUCCAGUUACGCCAUUAUUAAAUCAAUGGACGUAUCAAGCUAUGGUCCAUGAACUAUUAACAAUUAAUAAUAAUCGUGUUAAUUUAUCUCAUGUCAAAGGUAUUUCUAAAGAACUCAAAGAAGUCGUUCUUAGCGCUGAACACGAUGAAUUUUAUGCCAAUAACUUAUACCUAAAUUUUGGUGAAAUUGGACAGACAAUAAAAGAGUUGAUGGAUGUGUUUCAAGGAAAGGCAAAGAAGCAACAGAAAGUAGAAAGUAUAGAGGAUAUGAAAAAUUUUGUAGAAACAUAUCCGCUGUUUAAAAAAAUGUCAGGAACUGUAGCUAAACACGUAACUGUCGUAGGAGAACUUUCUUCGCUUGUAGGAAAACAUAACUUGUUGGAAGUAUCAGAAUUAGAACAAGAGCUCAGUUGUCAAAAUGAUCACUCAGCACAGCUCCAAAGAGUAAAAAAACUUAUCAAUGAUGAGAGGGUAAGGGAAGUUGAUGCUGUACGACUAGUCAUGCUUUAUGCGCUUCAUUAUGAGAAUCAUGCAAAUAAUCAGAUUUCGAUUUUAUUAGACUUAUUAAAGAAAAGAAAUAUUUCUGAAAAAUAUAUUAAGCUUGUUCAUAAUGUAUUAGAGUAUAGUAGCAUUAAUAAUAGGCAAAAUAAUCUAUUCGAUAAAGAGUCAGUUGUAAAAAUCACGAAGAAACUAUUUAAAGAAUUAAAUGGAGUGGAUAAUGUAUAUACGCAACAUACACCGCUAAUAAAUGAAACUAUUGAAGAUUUAAUAAAAGGAAAAUUAAAUAUACAAACAUAUCCAUUUUUGGGAAACAUAGUUAUGACUAAACGGCCACAAGAUAUUAUUGUGUUUAUGAUCGGUGGGACAACGUACGAAGAAAGUUUAAAUAUAUAUAAUUUAAACAAACAAAAUCCAGGUGUACAAAUAAUUUUAGGCGGUACCACGAUCCAUAAUUUUGAAAGUUUCAUAGAAGAAAUGAAGUGCGCUACUUCUGGAAUUUUUCCAAGACACAGAUCAAGAAAAAAUUAAUGGUAAUCGACCAUUCGAUGUUUUGAAAGGAUUAUUUGUCGCUUUUACUUGUAAUGGAAUCCCAUUGAAUCUUGCAUAAGCCUAAAUGCAGAUAAUGUAAGCAGAAUAAAAUGAAUUAUAAACAA